UGACUAGUAUCCAAUAUGCGCCGUCAGCACCGCUGGGUGAUAUAUGCUUCUUCUCAAUCCAAGAAACCCUAGCCACUCUACGCUCUUCGCUGAAAUUUUCUGAUCAGUUUUCCAAUCCCUAGGGCAUGGCGCUAUCCGGUGUGAUGCGGAGGUCGAUCUGGCGAUUAAAGGACCCGUUACAGUCACAAUGCGUCGUCCUGAUAGCUUCGCUGAGAUCGCACAUAGUCGGUCCCACUCUGAGCGAGGCUGGCGUCAGCAGCUCGUAUCGCGAGCCGGUUUAUUCCGUUAUCCCUGACAAUUUCCGUCCAAGUUCGUUCCUUUCUGGUUCGUCCAACGGCAUUCCGCCCUUUGCUUCCAGAUCGCCGUCCGAUUCUGAUCCAACGGUAGGAAGCAUCGCUGAUCUACGAUCUGAAGAUAUUUCUAUGGCUCAGAUCCUUCCAGAUUCUCGAAAAUCGGCCCACAAGUCGUCCCGCGUUCAUCCACCUUAUAAGGUCUUCUCAAGUCCCGUACAAUCUCCAACCACACAGUACUUAUCCAACCAUAUACACUGGAGACAGGAGGACGAAGAGAGAGGAACAUUGGAACAAGCCUCAGCAUAUACACCUAGAAUUAGACCUGGGCCUAGCUCUCCUGUCUGGGUUGCGCAGUACCAAGCGGGCACAGGAGCUUGUACGGCACGGGACUUGUCGCCUAGCUUUGCUAGGCUAGCCAGCAGUACAGCAGCAGGCAGCAACGGUGACGGUAGUAGAGAUGGCAACAGCAGCAACGCCAGCAGAAGCAUUAGUGACAGUACCAGCACCAGCAGCGACAGCAGCAGCGACAGCAGUGCUAGAAGUGGCAGCGGCAGCAGCGGUGGUGAGAGUGCAUCGUGGAUAGAGCGGUAUUUGCCAGCCCCAGUGCAGCCGUUUGCUCAUCUGGCUCGCCUGGACAAGCCCACUGGCACGUGGCUGCUCGCCUGGCCUUGCUUCUGGUCCAUCGCCCUGGCUGCUCCAGCAGGCGCUCUCCCGGACCCUUUACUCCUCUUCCUCUUCGGCUCGGGAGCAGUGCUCUUAAGAGGAGCAGGCUGCACCAUCAACGAUCUGCUUGAUCAAGACUUUGACGCCAAGGUGGCGCGCACCAGGACCCGCCCUCUGCCUGCCGGGGCUGUCACCCCCCUCGGUGCUUCAUCUUUUCUCGGGUUACAGUUACUGCUGGGGCUUGGAAUACUGGUGCAGCUGAACACGUACAGCCAGGUGUUGGGAGCAGCAUCACUGCCCCUCGUCUUCUCCUACCCCCUUAUGAAGCGAUUCACUCACUGGCCUCAAGCUUAUCUCGGUCUUGUUUUCAACUGGGGUGCUCUUCUGGGCUGGGCGGCAGUGCACGGCUCGCUGAACCUGCCAGCUGUGCUGCCGCUGUAUGCGGGCGGCAUCUGUUGGACGCUAGUGUACGACACUAUCUACGCUCACCAGGACAAGGCGGAUGACAUCACUGCAGGGGUCAAGUCCACAGCGCUGCUCUUCGCCCACCGCACGCCCCUCUACCUCUCCCUCUUUGGUGCAGCAUCCAUCGCCAGCCUGGCUGCUGCUGGCUCUGCUGUCAACCUUGGCUCCCCAUACUAUGCGGCACUGGCAGCGGCAGGGGCACACAUGGCAUGGCAGAUAGCAUCCACGAACUACGACAACCGGGAGGACUGCUACUCCAAGUUUGCUUCCAACUGGACAUUCGGCGCUCUGGUCUUUGCUGGCAUUGUGGCUGGCAAGCUCUUUGGUGUGUGAUCCUAGAAGGCGUUUAGUCUGCUGCACUGGGAGUGGCUGUUCCAGUAUGUAACAGAGCGUGUUCAAUAACAAAAUGGUGUUCACUGGAUAAUUCGUGAAGUACCGCAGCUGGAUGUGCUUCGCCCU